CGGGCUGAUCUUUUAACAGCAUUAACAUUUAAAUGUCUGAUAUGUCGGCACACAACCAGGAGGCCAAGCUAAAGCAUCUUUUUGAUGGAGGCCCUCUUAACGUUUAUCAGCAAGAAAUCUUAAAUCUUGGCGUUGGUGCGCCAGGCACAGAUUUAUUAGAGCCCUGCUGUGAGAUAUUUCAACAAGCCACUACGCAUUGCUUGAGUAAUGAGCAGAAGUACAAUCAAUCGUUGAUCUUUCAAUAUGGACCAAGUAGUGGUGAUUACGAGGCACGCUAUGAAAUCGCCAAGUACCUUAGCGAAAAGUACGACAAUGCUGUUCACGCCAAAGACUUGAUAAUAACGGCGGGUGCAACGCAGGGUCUACACUUUGUGCUUUCUACGCUGAUUGAUUUCAAUGGAUUUAUCUUUGUGGAUGAGUAUACCUAUAUGAUUGCGUUGGAUGCAAUGCAGCAGUUUACAAGCAUACAAAUUGUCCCGCUUAAGCUUAAUGAGGACGGAGUUGAUCUUGAAGAUUUGGAGCAGAAAGCCCGAGACCGUGUAUUUAAAUCUAAAAACAAAGACUUCUGGGCUAUGUAUUAUGCUAUACCUACUUAUCAUAAUCCCACGGGUAUACUGUUCUCGCCAGCUGUUUGUCGUGGUAUUGUGCAGUUGGCCCGCAAAUAUGACUUUUUAGUCUUGUGCGAUGAUGUCUAUAAUAUAUUACACUAUGGAGAGAAACCAGAGUUUUCACGUCUAAUGUCCUACGAUGAUCCCACGGCUGCAGGAUAUACUGGCAAUGUCAUAUCCAAUGGUAGUUUUUCAAAGAUUAUUGGACCGGGCGUGCGUUUGGGUUGGCUGGAGGUUCCGGGGCGUCUUAAGCCACAGCUAAUCAGCAGCGGCAUAAUUAACAGUGGGGGCUGCUUCAACAACUAUACAGUAGGUAUACUGAGGUCCUUAUUUCAAAUGCAGCUAGUUCAACCGCAUAUAGAACGUCUCUACAAGGCUUAUAAGGAAAGGAUGAUGGCGACUAUAUCUGUAUUGAACUCCGAGCUACCUGAUGGCUGCAGCAUGCAGUCGCCCAGCGGUGGUUACUUUAUAUGGAUACAGUUGCCAGCGCCUGUGGAUGUGCGUGAACUUCUCCAGUACAGCAUGGAGCAUGAGAAUAUCUAUUUUAUACCUGGAACACGCUUCGCUGUAGAGGAAGGCAAGGGUAAACAAUGUUUUCGUUUAUCAAUAGCUUUUCAUAGCAAGGCCAAGCUGGAGGAUGGUGUAAGACGACUCUGCGCCUGCAUAAAAUCUUUUAUACAAUCAGUAAAUAAGUGAAAUAUUUUUUGCAUGCUUGUUAUGGCAAUAAUUUUUUUAUUAAUUGUUAUCAUUUGUAUAAAUAAUGCUUAAUAAGAUACGGUCUACAGUUAAGUUUUGCUAUACAGAUGCUACAAAAUAAGUAUGAUAAAAACAUUAUUUUUUUUGUAAAAGAUUGGGCACAGUGCUUAAAAAUAUCACAAAAAUCUGAUACAUUUUUUUUUACAAAAUAUUCGAGUUAAACUUUACACAAUAAUAGUUAAAGCACAUGCACCCAAAACAAGUUGACCACAAGCAUGUGUAUAUACUUAACUUUAUAAAUUAUAAUAAUACUACUUUGUGGAAUGUGUGGCAAAUUCGACAAAACAAAUAAAUGGAACAAAAGAUAAUGACUAAGCAAAACAAGUUACUCC